AUGAUUUUUUCCAAAGAUAAUAUCACCGCUUUACUGGUGGUAAUUGGAAUUUUUAUCCAGCAAAGCCUUGCCUUGACGAACAAAUCGCUCCCAACACCCGAGUUGAUUGACUUUGAUGACGAUGGUGUCGUUGGUGGCCUCUACCGACCAGCGGAAGCGAAUGGAAAGUCACGUAUUGCAGUUUAUGUGAUGCAUGCCGAGCAAGACUAUCUAUCAUUCUCUGCCUGUACCGAGCUGCCCAAGCGAGGAUUCACAACUUUCUGUGCAAACAAUGAUGCUAGCAAGAGCGGGUACAUGUCUGACCUUAACUUCGAAGACAUGAUGACCGAUGUGAAUCAAGGAAUGAUGUAUCUUCGAAAUUUGAGCGAGAUCGAUCAAGUCGUGAUACUUGGACACAGCGGCGGCGGUGCCAUGAUGGCCGCAUACCAAAACAUAGCAGAAAAUGGUGCUUCUGCUUGCCAGGGAUCAGAGAAAAUCUAUCCAUGCUCUGAUGCAAUGGAGAAUCUCGAGGCCGCCGACGGUCUGAUCUUGAUUGAUGCAAACUAUGGUAUCUCAACUAUGGCGUUCUUGAGUCUGAACCCAGCCAUCAUCGAUGAGUCCACAGGUUCCAAGAUCAAUCAGUCCCUCAAUUUAUUCAACACGACGAAUGGAUUCCGCAAUAAUACCCGUUCCAAAUACACCACUGAAUUCAAGAAGAACUUCCAAAACGGCGUGGUGGCCCGCAACAAUCGCAUUCUCAAAUACGCCCAGCAUAGACUUGCUGAAAUUGAAGCUGGGAGGGGCAAAUAUGGAGAUGACGAACCGUUCACCAUUGUGGACUCAUUGUAUACCGGCUUCAAUAACAAAUUCUUCGCCCAGGAUACGCGGUAUCUUGCACACACCACCCAUGCUUGGCCAUUGCUGCAUAAGAAUGGAACCACCCGACAAGUCGUUCCCUCUGUCCGAGUCGCGAGCAACUUCAAAAGCCUUGCAACCAACUUCCAAGAUGGUGCCCUCAAAACGACCAUUAAGCGGUACCUGUCGACCUUCGCGAUCCGAAUCAAUGAGAAUUUUGCAUACAAGGCCGACGGACUCGAUGGCAUUGAAUAUGCCUCCAGUCAGCUAGCACCUGUUGCUUCGAUCAGGGGUGUCAACGUUCCCCUGCUCACAAUGGGAAACACUGGCCACUGGGAAUAUUUGAACGCAGAGAAACUCCAUCUUAAUGCUGGUAGCAAUGAUUCUUCCAUUGCCUUUGUUGAGGGUGCGCAGCAUACGUUGGAAACAUGCACUGCUUGCGAGUCUUACCCUGGGCAAUUCGGUAACACCAUGGAUACGGCCUAUAACUACAUGGAGCAGUGGCUACAGACUGAAGGGCGUUUUGUCUAG